AUGACCAAGUGCUUCGGUCUCCUUGUGCUAGCGCUCACCGUGUUUGCUGGCAGCAACGCCCAUUCGAUUCGAGCAGCUGGAAACGCCGCCGAGCUGCUGACGCCGAGUCGAACGUCCGGUCCUCCAGGUGGACCGAAGAGCAAGCGCAGCGAUCCGGACCGCGACGUGCCGAUCAAUGCCGCUGGUGAAGACAGGAAUGGGUCAUUGCUUAAACCAUUCGCGGGAAAAUUUGCUAGUGCUCGGCAAGUGAGCUCCGGUAGAAAUCCGGACAGCUUCGUGGAGAAGGCAUUGGCGCAUAUGGACAGGACGCUCCAACGCAAAAUGGAGAAUCAAUUGACGGCAAGUACGAAGAGCAAGGGCUCGGAGCUGCAGAAGCGUACAUCACACGCAAUGGCGCAAGUAGAGAAAGCAGAGGCGCAGCUGAAAAGGGCAAAGGCUAAUGUCGCUGAUGACACAAACAAGCGAGUGAUUGGCGCAUCCAUUCAAUUGGAGAAGGCUGAGACGACGCUGAAAUCGGCAAAGGCAAAGCUGAUAAAGGCACAGCUUCAGCUUGAUGAUCACAUGGACAAGGACUCGAUUCGCAAGGCCAUUGAAGCGAGGAAAGCAGAUGCAAAGCUGAACUAG